AUUUUAUUCGAUGAACGUAAGUAAUGAAUGUACAAAGAAUUCAAGGGAUUGCGGACAGAUGAUUCUGUUGAUUAUUCGUAUUAAAAGAAAGCCUGUAUUAUUUUCUGUCUUCUGAACAUGGUAUUAAAUGGUAUACAUAUUGUGUAAAGACACUAAGAGAUUAUAAAUGCGUCUGGUGCAUGAGUUGCACGUGCGGUUACAUACGGACAAACAGAUCUUCUCUCUCUUUCAUCGUUAGUUAUGCGUUCGCCGUCGCGCGAACAUUUCGAUUGUUUUAACAUGGUUCUGAGUCGUAACAACACGCAUCCAUGACGGAUUUAUGUUUUCCGUACUUUUUUCUACAUGUUCUGGUUGCGUUCUCGUGAUUUGAUGGGAAUAAGAUAAAUGUAAAUUUCUACUAUGAAAUCCAGUAAACUCUGCAGUUGUAUUCGCUUAUUUUCUACCAAACAUAUUGUACCAAAAGUAUGUAUUGUUGGUGCUGGACCAGCUGGAUUUUAUGCUGCACAACAAUUAUUGAAGGGAACAAAUAAUAUAGAAGUCGACAUAUUGGAAAAAUAUCCAGUACCAUAUGGAUUAGUACGUUUUGGUGUUGCUCCAGACCAUCCAGAAGUGAAAAAUGUUAUUCAUACUUUUGAAAAGACUGCAUCUAAUCCACGUUUUCGAUUUAUAGGAAACGUUGAUGUAGGAAAGGAUGUUACUAUAAAAGAAUUGCAAGAGCUUUAUCAUGCAGUCUUAUUGACAUACGGUGCAGAAGAAGAUAAGGUAUUUAAUAUACCUGGGGAAAAUUUGAAUAAUGUAAUAUCAGGCAGACGAUUUGUUGGCUGGUACAAUGGAGUACCAGCAGAUAGUAAUUUAAAUAUUAAUUUGGACGUAGAAGAAGCUGUUAUAUUAGGACAAGGUAAUGUUGCUAUAGACAUUGCAAGAAUUUUAUUAACUCCAGUAGAUAAACUAAAGAAUACUGACAUAACAUCAUUUGCAUUGGAAAGAUUAUCACGAAGUAAAGUACGUAAAGUAUCGCUAAUUGGAAGAAGGGGACCAUUACACGCUGCGUUCACAAUUGCCGAAUUACGAGAGAUAUUAAAACUUGAUGGUUGUAAGACUUAUUGGCGUGCAGACGAUUUUAUAAACGUAAGAGAAGUAGUUAGUACUUUAGCAAGGCCACGAAAAAGAUUGACUGAACUCAUGUUAAAAUACUUAGAAGAAAUGUCAUCAGAUACGAAGGCAGCAACAAAAGAAUUACAUCCAAUAUUUUUAAGGAGUCCUGUGCAAUUUUUAGGCACAGAUAGAGUACACAGUGUUAAACUAUCAAUAAAUAAGCUUCAGGGCGAUGAUAUACAUCAACAAGUUGCUGUUUCUACUGGAUUAUUUGAGGAAAUUCCUUGCGGUCUAGCAUUUCGUAGCAUUGGUUACAAAUCUGUUGCAGUAGAGUCAUCCCUGCCAUUUGAUGCAAAACUUGGUCGCAUUAUAAAUUCAGGAGGUAAAGUGCAAGACAAACUAUACGCUGCUGGCUGGAUUGCAACAGGACCUAUGGGAGUCAUAUUGUCGACGAUGACAAAUGCAUUUCAAGUUGGUGCGUUAAUAAAUAAGGAAUUAUUAAUCACAGGGAACAAGCCAGGUUCUGUAGGUUUGUCUCGAAUAUUAGAUCAAAGGGGAAGACGUGUAACAACAUACAAUGAUUGGAAAAAAAUUGAUGCAGUAGAAUGUGAAAGAGGAGAAAAGUUGGGCAAGCCUAGAGAAAAGAUAGUUGAUACCAACGAAAUGUUGGAAAUUGCAUCAAGAUAAUAAUUAUGAAUUCAAAUCAA